AUGGAUCAUAGUAAGAUGAAUCAUGCCAUGAUGGAUCAUGGAGAUAUGCCGCAAGGAGAUCACGAAUCGAGUUGUUCAAUGAACAUGUCCUUUACAUGGUCUUAUAAAGAUACAUGUGUCGUAUUUAAUUGGUGGCAUAUUAAAACAAAAUUUCAAUUUGUUAUUAGUUGCCUUAUAGUGGCAAGUUUAGCUACAUAUUACGAAUAUCUUAGAUUUAAAUUUGUUAAAUAUGCCUCAGAGACAACAGGUUCAAAUCGUGUCUCUAUCACAACAAAUAAUAAUAGUAUAAGUCAAAUUGCACGUCGUGAAAAAUUAUGUAGAACGUUCCAUUACGGAAUUCAAGUUGGUUUCUCAUUCAUGUUGAUGUUAAUAUUCAUGACUUAUAAUGGUUGGUUGAUGCUUGCUGUGGUUAUAGGUGCCGCCUUUGGCUAUUAUAGAUGGAAUGACUCCUUAGUAGCCUUACCAAUGGAACAACGAUCUUUAGCAUGCCACUAG